AUGGCCCCAGUGGAAAUAGGCAAGCCGGUCUUCGGCGUAGACAGCCCCAAACCCACCACAACCCAACAUCUAUCUCUGUACGACCACACCCUGAUCACCACCGACUUCGAUGCCCUCAAAUUUCACGCCGCGGCAUCCCUGCAGCUCCAAUUCGGCCAUCCCCAUGAAACAGCAGCACGGCAAAGUGACCUGCUCAUCACAUCACCGUAUAACGACCCCAAACACCUCCUGGAUCUCAAAACCCUCGACACACCCAACCAAUUGCUCGCCAAAGCCCUCACGAUCCUCACACCUAUCCGUGACGACUACGCUACAGCGCCGUACACGGAAUCAUUCAAUUGGCAGGCCGUGUUUGAUUUCCUGCGGGAUUUGGCCCAGAAGAGCGGGCAUCGGUGGCAGACGCAGCAUUUCUACGUGGUUGUUUUCCGGUCCCGGCUCCAGGCCGACAUCGAUAACCAGCGGCUGCAUGAUCUGGAUGCCUAUUCGCAUCAGGAGGCGGUUGCCAGCGGGGGGUUGCUGAAGUAUUGGUUUGGGACGAAGGAUGGGGAGAGGAGGAAUCUGGCUACUUGUCUCUGGCGGAGUCGCAAUGAUGCCAGGCUGGGAGGUACAGGACCUUGGCAUAAGAAGGCACGUGGUGCUGCACGAGAGAUGUACGAGAAUAUCACUUUUACCACCCUGAAAUUGGUAAUUGAAGAUGAUGUUCGGUCAUGGAGUGUUACGGACUGGACGGAUGAGGAUGAAUGA